UAUCGCACAAAAUUCUUUCCAAACGUUCUCUUUUCAAAUUUUUAAAAGUUCUUGAAAGCUUUGGUCUAUUUUAAAACCAGUCCAAUAUUUAAAACGUUGUAUAGCUCUCGAUUGUUUGUGAGAUUUUGGUGACUCAAGAUGAUUGCGUUCAUUCUUCUUUGCUUGCCUGUGGCUCUAGUUUGGGGUGCGUGCCCCCACAUCAUCACACGAGCUGAAUGGGGCGCCAGGCCCCCCAACGGCGAAUGGUACCUGACCAACCCCGUCCAGUACGCCUUCAUCCACCACUCGGCCGGUCCAGACUGCCAUGACAGGACCACGUGCCAGAACCAGGUGAAAAUAUUCCAGAACUAUCACAUGGACACUCAUGGCUGGCCAGACAUUGGAUACACCUACGUCAUCGGUGGAGAUGGAUCCGUGUUCGAGGGUCGUGGGUGGGAUAAGGUGGGCGCUCACACCUUGAACUACAACAGUGUUGGAUAUGGUUUCUGUCUGAUCGGCACCUUCACGAGCCACAUGCCAACGGCCGCAGCCCAGCAAGCCGUCAAGGACCUGAUCGACUGUGGCGUGCAGCUGGGUAAGAUCCGAACCAACUACGUCCUGAGGGGACACAGGGACAUGCCAGGUAGCAGCACUGAGUGUCCUGGUACCCAGCUGUGGAACGCCAUCAAAAGCUGGCCACAUUAUUAGAUCCGACAUAAACAUUAGAAUGUAUUGUAUUAUUUAUUCAUGUCUUGUCAAAGAAAUAAAUGAUUUUUGAAACAGCUUGAAGCAUC